UAAAUGUUAGAAUAUUGUCAAUAACUUCAAAUGCUAUAAAACUGCAAAUCCAACCAAACUUUAGGGUUUCCAAUCCAUGUCCUCGGAUUUCUCUCUAUCCUCUUUCUUACGAAUCCUUCAUUUAUGGGGGACAGUCAUAAUAUUAUGACUUGGACCAUGAGAUGGAAUGAAAGUUGUUCUUCUUGAUUGAUCUUGAUCUGACUGAAUUUUGGUGGGUUGAUUAUUUGUUAUGGAUUUGGAGAGUGAAAGUUCAGUUCUUGAAUCUGUGGAAGAUAAUGAAGUAACCCGAGAAAUAAUGCCCCAUGAUGAUGACAAUGAGAUAAAUAAUAAUGGGUCUUGUCCUAAUGAGAUUGAUAAGUUGGUUUCUGGUGAAAAUUCUAGUGCUAAUAAUACAUUGGUAAUAGAUACAGAAGGGAAAUAUUUUGAAAGUGAACAACCUGUGGAUUCACCUCCACUAGAUGCUAAAUCUCCUGGUGGGGGGUCACCUCCCACAACAAAAGGAUAUGGCUUGAAGAAAUGGAGGAGAAUUAGGAGAGAGUUUGCUAAGGAUGUAAGUCCAAGUAUAGAUACUGGUAAAAUUUUGAAGCGGGGUUUGUCUGGUGCUGCGAAUCCUACUAAAGCUCAGCAUAUCCCUAUUGAGAUCAAGCAAAAUAGUGAGGGUUCAGUAGGAUCUGCAAAUGUAUUUAGAACUCACGGGUUUGCAACCCAUGGUUCUACUUCAGAUUCUAGGUUUGCAGCUGGGGCUGCUUUUGCUGCAGGUACAGAUUCGGAGAACAGUGAGGAUCGGAGUAGCAAGUCUUCCACAGCAGCUAGUGUUCCGAAGAUGAAGUAUGAUCUGCCUGCAGUGUUGGGACAUCCACGGGAGAAGAAUAGGAUGAAGAAUAUUAGUGGGAAGAGUUCAGGUAAUUCACCUCAAAAGAGUCAGCAAGGAAAGGGACGGAUUGAAGGCAGUAAGAAGGCUCGAGGAGAAAGGGUCAAAAUUGAGAAGGAAAACUCUCAUUCCAGCAUGGAAUCUGACUCAAGAAGCUCCAAUUUUGUCUUUGUGCAGGGUGUGACUAGUAACGGAAAACAAAGUGGAAGGUCAAUGAAUUAUGAUGGGGAAAAUAGUGAUGAAGCUCUCCCAAGUGAGCAACAGUUUAAUCAGGAAAUUCAACAAGAUGAUUUAGCUGCACACUCAUCUUGGGAGGCUAAGGAAGAAAAAAGUGAGAACCAUCGGUCCUUCACAGAUCAAGAUGCUUUUGUUGAAUCUAUCUUUAGCCUCCAGUCUGUGCAAGAAGCUCUGGAAAAAGAAGUUCAGAAUUUCAGGGAGAUCGGAAACAUACCUACAUCACCCACUGACGUUUCAAACAAGGGAAGUAGCAUACCAGCAGAUUUCACUAUUACUGAUCCAGAGAACUACAUACCAAACUCAUCCAACCAGCUGGGAUCUGAAAAGACUAGACAAACUGCUUUGACUUCCUUGGAAGCCCAAGUAUUAAGCUUGACAAAGAAUGUAAAACUUUUUGAAAGCAAAUUGGAGGAGGCAAGGACUAUGCUUGAGGCAAAGGACUCCAGGAUAACUGAACUCGAAGCCACUAUAAACAAUAGCAAGUCACCAAGGGAGGAAUCAGGAAGCACCCAGGAGGAAAAAUGCAGAGAGACACAGACUGAGCUUGAGGGUCUCUUCAAGCAAAAGAUUGAAGCUGAGGUUGAGUAUCUGGCAAUAUCAAAGACAAUACAGAAAAUGAAGGUUGCUGCGAGUGAUCAGUUCACAAUCAUAGAAGAACAAAAAACUCUGGCUGGAGAGCAAGCACAGGUUCUGAACAAGCUUGGAGAAGCAGAAAGCAAGGCCACAAUGCUUCAAAAACAAGCAGUGGCGUUAGAGGAAUGUUGUGGAGAUAUCGUAGGAGCUGAAGAGGUUUUGAAGAUGCAGGGGAGGAUGUAUAAGGUUACAUCGUGUUUUUUCGUACAGUUGAUAUUGCUUGUUACGAUGUUUUGGCUUUUUGUAUUGCAGUUUUCGCCUCGUUCUGGGGUGGUUGUACCCACAUAAGUCUGAACAGUAGGUCUUUUUUCUUUUUCCUUUUUGUGUAAUCUGAAAAUCACUAGAGCAAAUAUUUGAAUGUUAAGGUUAAUUGUUGUUGUGCAAACUUUUUCAUCCUCUGUUGAGUUGGGGUAGGUGCGGUUGUACGAAUGGUUUAAUGUCAAAUUAUGCACAUUUUGUAA